CGCCCCAUCUGGCUCGCUGGAAGGUUUUGUUUACUGGCGAAGAGGCAGGGAAGAAGGGGAUCCUAGGGGACCCGAGACCGUUCAAUCUACCUCUUUUUGGGUGAAAAAGUAUCAUUUACGCUUGGUUUUAUAUAUUUUUCUCCUCCACGCCGAUGACUGGCAUCAAGGGUUUCACCGGGUGCGGAGACACUGGCGCACAGUGCUAUUCCUGCACAAAAAUGCAAGCGGACUAUCGAGCAAGCCACCGCGAGGUCUGACAGCGUUGAGUCGAAGUCUUAUUGAAAUCUCUGCAUUGGUUGAAGAGUUUUGUUUGGAUUUAUUUCCCGACCGCAAUCCGUGGUCGCAAUUUAAAGGCAGGAAGACGAUUGGAGCUACUUUCCGUCGGUCGGAGGUGGGAUUUUAUACAGAUAAAAAUACGUGGAUUAAGCGCAUUGACUCGUGUUUAGUGCACUACGCCACGCGUGUCGCAAAGCAACGUUCUCGUCGGAGUGAGAAGCGUUUUAUCAACGAUUAUUUCGUUAAAUGUUGUAAUGCAGAUGGAUACGCAUUUACAAAGAAGGUAUACAAUACUAUUGUAUGCAAUAAAAUAACAGAGUUUCAGACCAGCACCAACUUUAGUUGUGGCCUGGACAGUUGGGGAACUAGCAGUUGUUUGCUAGCGCUAGCUCAGCAUUGGCCAACACUGUCUGUUGUGUUACUACUAUCUACUGUUGUGUUGCUAUCGGCCUGUCACGUGUGUGUUCGUCGCCACACAUCGUUUGUACUGCUAGCUUACACUGGAAGACGGCACGUUUUUUAUUCGGAACCAAACACCCGACCCUGGAGUCAUGCCGUACCUAUGGGUUAUCCAUCGGAGUCCGCACCAGCGCCAGCCAUGAAGCUGCUAACGUUAGCCGAUGGACUGAACACGUUGGACUGUCCCUCCGCCCAUUUCCCGGGAUGUCUGUUUUUAUUUGUGUUUGCCUGAUUGCUAGUGCCGCGUAAUCAAACCAAUUUCCGCAAGCGGCUCUUUUUUUUUUUUUUUUUGGUUGUUGUUGCUGGUUUGGGGUUUUGUUCCCGAGGACUGUUUUAAAUUUGAUUUAGACGGCGUUGGGUGUUGACUUCACCUGAGUCAACAUGCCGCUGCGGACUUUCUUUGUGGUUUUUGUGGCCACAGUCUGCGUUUUAUGGAACAAUCAUCACACGAAUGGAGAGAUUUGCCCAAGCAAGGACAUCAGGAACAACGUGACCAACCUGAACUUGCUGGAGAACUGCACGGUCAUCGAGGGCCACCUGAAGAUCCUGCUCAUGUUCAAGACCAAGCCCGAGGACUUCCGCGGCCUCAGCUUCCCCCGGCUGCGCGUGGUGACGGAGUACCUGCUGCUGUUCCGCGUGUACGGCAUGGAGAGCCUCACCGACCUCUUCCCCAACCUGACGGUGAUCCGCGGCAACAGCCUGUUCUUCAACUACGCCCUGGUGCUGUUCGAAAUGCUGCAGCUGCGGGAGAUCGGCCUGCACAGCCUCAUGAACAUCACGCGGGGCGCGGUACGCAUCGAGAAGAACCCCGACCUCUGCUAUCUGUCCACGCUGGACUGGUCGAAGGUGCUGGACACGGUGGAGGACAACUACAUCGUGGCCAACAAGAACGACCGCGAGUGCGGGGACGUGUGCCCCGGAGCAGCCAAGGGGAAGACCACCUGCCAGAUGACCACCAUCAACGGGCACUUUAGCGAGCGCUGCUGGACACAGAAGCACUGCCAAAGAAUGUGCCCGGUCCACUGUAAGCACCGUGCCUGCGCCCGCAACGACCAGUGCUGCCACGAGCAGUGCCUGGGGGGCUGUGUGCGGGGCGACUCGGCCAGCCACUGCGUGGCCUGCCGCCACCUCCAGCACGGGGACACCUGCGUGAAGCACUGCCCCGUCGACCACUACACCUUCAAGGGCUGGCGCUGCGUCUCGCAGGCCUUCUGCCAGGAGCUCCACAGCCGCUGCAGGGAGCAGCGCAAGAGCACGAGCCCCGACUGCCACGAGUACGUGCUCCACAACGGGGCCUGCAUCCCCGAGUGUCCCUCUGGCUACACCACCGUCAACGCUUCCUCGCUGCACUGUAUCCCGUGUGCGGGGCUCUGUCCUAAGGUGUGCAUGGGUUUGAAGACGGUGGAGUCGGUGACGGCGGCGCAGGCCCUGAGAGGCUGCACGGUGCUCAACGGGAGCCUGGUCAUCAACCUGCGUGGUGGGAACAACAUAGCGGCCGAGCUGGAGGCUAACCUGGGCCAGCUGGAGGAGAUCACGGGCUAUCUGACGGUGCGGCGCUCCUACGCUCUGGUCUCGCUGUCCUUCUUCCGCAAGCUCCGCGUCAUCCACGGGGAGGAGCAGGAAGUCGGGAACUACUCCUUCUACGCCCUGGACAACCAGAACCUCAGGCAGCUGUGGGACUGGUCCAAGCACAAGCUGACCAUCCGCCACGGCCGCAUGUUCUUCCACUAUAACUCCAAGCUGUGCAUGGCGGAGAUACGCAAGAUGGAGGAAGUCACAGGCACCAAGAACCGGCAGGUCAAGAACGACAUCGCCUCCAAGAACAACGGAGACCAAGCCUCAUGUGAGAACCAGGUGUUGAAGUUCACGCAGAUCCGGACUCUGAGCGAUAAGAUCAUCAUCAAGUGGGAGCCCUUCUGGCCCCCAGACUUCCGAGAUCUGCUGGGCUUCAUGGUGCUCUACAAGGAAGCGCCCUUCACGAACGUGACGGAGUUCGACGGGCAGGACGCGUGCGGCUCCAACAGCUGGGUGAUCGCCGACGUGGACCCCCCUCCGAGGGACAAGGAGAACGAGCCGGGCCACCUCAUCAUGCCGCUGAAGCCCUGGACGCAGUACGCCAUCAUGGUGAAGACCCAGCUGUCGGCCUACGACGAUCACCAGGCCCAGGGCGCCAAGAGCCAGAUCAUCUACGUGCGCACCAACGCCACCAAGCCCUCUGUGCCCCUGGACCCCAUCUCCUCGUCCAACUCCUCCUUCCAGAUCAUCCUGAAGUGGCGGCCACCCAACGACGCCAACGGCAACAUCACUCACUACCUGGUGUUCUGCCAACGCCAGGCUGAGGCCAGCGAGCUCUACAAGUUUGACUACUGCCAGAAAGGCAUGAAGCUGCCGUCGCGGGUGCCCACGCAGGUGGACAGUGAGGAGGAGCAGCGGUGGAACCAGACGGACGACCAGGGCCCUGGGACGCGCUGCUGCGCCUGCCCCAAGACGGAGAAGGAGCUGAAGAAGGAGAAGGAGGACUCGGAGUACCGCAAGACCUUCGAGGACUACCUCCACAACGAGGUGUUCGAGAUCAAACCCACCAGACAGCGGCGUUCCGUGGCGGCGAUGGGCGUGGCCAACAGGACCUUCCCCUUCCCGUUCGCCUUCUCGCCCACCGUGGCCACCGGCGGCCGGGCCGGGGGCGGGGCUAGCGGCGGUGAAGACGGGGCGGGCGGCGAGGACGGGGGCGGGCAAGAGGAGACGUUUGAGAGCACCAAGAUUGAGCUGAAGGUGCGCGGGCGCGAGUCCACGGUCAUCUCCAACCUGCGCCACUUCACCAGCUACCAGAUCGAGAUCCACGCCUGCAACCACCUCACGGACCCGGCGCGCUGCAGCAUGGCGGCCUACGUCAGCGCCCGCACCCUGCCCGAGGACAAGGCUGACGACAUCGCCGGCGUCAUCUCCUACGAGGUCAUCGAGUACACGGUGCACGUCAAGUGGCAGGAGCCCAGCACCCCUAACGGGAUGAUCAUCUUGUACGAGGUCAACUACAAGAGGAUGGGGGACACUGAGGAGCUGCAGCAGUGUGUGUCCAGGAACAUGUACAGGCUGUCCAACGGCACCAAGCUCAGAGUGGUGCAUCCUGGGAACUACUCGGCCAAGGUGCGCGCCACGUCGCUGGCCGGCAACGGCUCCUGGACCGCGCCCACGUUCUUCUACGUCCCGGACAGGGCGACGGACCCCACGAACAUGUUGAAGAUCCUGAUUGGCCCCGUCAUCUGUUUCAUCCUCCUGCUGUUCGUGGCGGGGGCCGGCUUCGUCGUGUUCAAGAAGAAACAAACCCAGGGGCCCAGCGGACCGAUCUACGCCUCCUCCAACCCAGAGUACCUCAGUGCCAACGACAUGUACGAGCCCGACGACUGGGAGGUGCCGCGGGAGAAGAUCAACAUCCUGCGCGAGCUGGGCCAGGGCUCGUUCGGCAUGGUGUACGAGGGCAUCGCCAAGGACGUGGUGAAGGGCGAGGGCGACAUGCGCGUGGCCGUCAAGACGGUCAACGAGUCUGCCAGCCUGCGCGAGCGCAUCGAGUUCCUCAACGAGGCGUCCGUCAUGAAGGCCUUCACCUGCCACCACGUGGUGCGUCUGCUGGGCGUGGUCUCCAAGGGUCAGCCCACCCUGGUGGUGAUGGAGCUGAUGACCCACGGUGACCUCAAGAGCUUCCUGCGCUGCCUGCGCCCCGACUCUGAGAACAACCCGGGCCGCCCGCCGCCCACGCUGAAGGAGAUGAUCCAGAUGGCGGCGGAGAUCGCCGACGGCAUGGCCUACCUCAACGCCAAGAAGUUCGUCCACCGGGACCUGGCCGCCAGGAACUGCAUGGUGGCUCACGACCUGACCUGCAAGAUAGGAGACUUCGGCAUGACCCGGGACAUCUACGAGACGGACUACUACCGGAAGGGGGGCAAGGGCCUGCUGCCGGUCCGGUGGAUGGCCCCGGAGUCCCUGAAGGACGGGGUCUUCACUGCAAACUCAGACUGCUGGUCGUUUGGCGUGGUGCUGUGGGAGGUGAGCACCCUGGCGGAGCAGCCUUACCAGGGCCUGUCCAACGAGCAGGUGCUCAAGUUCGUCAUGGACGGGGGCUUCCUGGACCGCCCCGACAACUGCGCCGACAGACUUCACAACCUGAUGCAGAUGUGCUGGCAGUACAACCCCAAGAUGCGGCCGGCCUUCCAGGAGAUCAUCGAGAUGCUGCGCGAGGACCUGCACCCCAGCUUCCAGGAGCUGUCCUUCUUCUACAGCCAGGACAACAAGCCGCCCGACAGCGAGGACUUUGACCUGGACAUGGAGAACAUGGAGAGCAUCCCCCUGGACCCCUCCUCCUACUCCCAGCGGGGGGGCGGCGGCUCGGAGCGGGACGAGGGCUCGUCGGUGGGGCUGCGGGGCAGCUACGAGGAGCACCACGUGCCCUACACACACAUGAACGGGGGCAAGACCAACGGACGAAUACUGCCGCGCUCCACGCCGUCCUAACACAGCCCGGAAAGACUCCUCGAGACACACGAGAGAGACACACGGACGCACACACACACACACACACACACACACACACACACACACACACACACACACGUAGAUGCUACAGAUAGAUUAUAUAUAUAUUUUUUGUGUUGUUCCGUUUCCUCGUCAUUUUAUAUAGAGCUCACUCGCAUCACUCUCAGCCCAGUACCUCCCCCUCCCUCAGUGCAUAUCUCAGGACCUUUAUUUUUAUUUUUUUCCUCGGAUGCCACGAACUCCACUCUCCUCCGACCUGAUCGCACACACACUACAGUAUGUCCGCUACAAGGACGCCAAAUGACACUUUCGUGUUUUGUAUUUGGAAAAAAAGAAAAUAACGGAUCUCUCUCUCUCUCUCUCUCUCUCUCUCUCUCUCUCUCUCUCUCUCUCUCUCUCUCUCUCUCUCUCUCUCUCUCUCUCUCUCUCUCUCUCUCUCUCUCUCUCUCUCUCUCUCUCUCUCUCUCUCUCUCUCUCUCUCUCUCUCUCUCUCUCUCUCUCUCUCUCUCUCUCUCUCUCUCUCUCUCUCUCUCUCUCUCUCUCUCUCUCUCUCUCUCUCUCUCUCUCUCUCUCUCUCUCGUUCGUUCAUGAUUGUAGUUUUAUAUAAAUAUAUAUAUGUAUAAAUAUAUUGCCAAUUUUUUUUGUGCUAGACAGGGGCGGAUGAUAGCUUCAACUGUGAAACUUUUUUUUAUGGUUUUUAUUUUUAUUUUUGACAGACAAGAAGGCUGCUAAACCCUACAGUCCCCCUUUUUCCCAUUCCCGUCGGUUCUCCCCUCGGCGGCUCAGUCGGGGAGGGGGUGAAUAAAGAAGUGCCCUUCGGUUGUGUCGGUGACCCCGCUGCAAAACAAAACACGGAUUCCGUUCCGGCCCCUGUACUCGAGUGGUCGCACAAACGACAAACUUAAACAGAAAUAACAAGAACUCGGUCAAACGGUUGGCGGUGAACAAACUGAUCCAGCAGAGAAACUGGUUGAAAAAAACUGACUUUCCUCACAAUCUGCAGUAUUCCACAAUGGCACACAGGAUAAACGUAUUCAUUUUGUGGGUUGUACUUUUUUAUUUAUUUACAUCGUUCUUUUUUUUUUUUGGACAUUCACAGCUGAAGGAUAUUUAAACUGUUCAAAAAAACAUUUUGACCAAUAGCUGCUUCUUUGGUAUAUUUUAAUGGGUCUAGAAAGAUAUAAAUAUAUAUAAAUAUAUUGAUGUUUUUUUUGUACAUAGAUGUUAUGUUGUUCUUGAGGUAUUUGCUGUUGUAGGAAACCUUUUACUUAUUAGUCUUAUUAUUUGUUUGUUUGUUUUUUCUAAUCCAGAAAAUCAUACUAAUUAUCAUUUGGACUCUUGAUCAACCAACAGCACUAUUUUUUUAUUUUUUAGUUUUUUCUUGUCUUUUUUUUGCUAUACAGUGCACAGGAGCAGCCAAGUUGACAUUUCGUGUUAUGGAUGUCGGCCCCUAAUAUCAAAUCAAAUACAAUUCUGCUGUAAAUAAAGCAGCCGGAUGCAUUCAUGAAAAAGGCUCCUGAACAACGUAUUUUCUUCUGACACGUCUCUAAUGGUUGACAGUGUGGAGUGGGCAAUGCCAUGCUCACACAUGUUGGAAAGCUUUGCUAAUCGCUUUCUAAAGAAUGUUUUUUUUGACUACUCAUUCAGCUGAACAGAGCGCUUGCAAGGGGUGUAAGCUCUUUAAACGAUGUAGAGUAAAUAUCAAUUAAAUCCCUGAUAAUAAA